ACAGUGACAUCAACAACAUCAACAACUACUACUGCUACUACAGUGACAUCAACAACAACUACUACAGUAACAUCAACUACUACUACAGUGACAUCAACAACAUCAACAACUACUACUGCUACUACAGUGACAUCAACAACAACUACUACAGUGACAUCAACUACUACUACAGUGACAUCAACAACAUCAACAACUACUACUGCUACUACAGUGACAUCAACAACAACUACUACAGUAACAUCAACAACAACUACUACUACAGUAACAUCAACAACUACUACUACAGUGACAUCAACAACAUCAACAACUCUUACUACAGUGACACCAACUACUACUAAAGUGACAUCAACAACUACUACUACUGUGACAUCAACUACUACUACUGCAGUGACAUCAACAUCAACAACUACUACAACAGUGACAUCAACAUCAAAGACUACUUCAGCGACAUCAACAACUACCACUACAGUGACAUCAACAACAUCUACACCUAAUACUACAGUGACAUCAACAACAUGA